CGAGCGACGCUUGACGCUGGUAACGUGGGUAAGCUGAGUUAAAGGGUGUACUAUUACUUUUUCAUCAAUAGAGUCUUGUCCAGUAUUGAAAUGGAUUUCCUAAUGGAUUGAUGGCAAAUGGAAUUAGUUCCUGUACUAUAAUCUACCUCUAUGCCUAAAAAGCCAAAUUAACAGUGGAAGUUCUAUAUCUUGUCAGAAUGGCUCAGAAGGUGUGUUUCAUCACUACUGGAGUUAUUGGUACUCUUCUAGUUAUUGCUGGCAUCAGUUUUCUUCACUACUUUCCAAUCAUCUUUGAGAGCAUUGUCAAAAAGCAAACUGUCUUGGCAAACAACAGUACUGGCUUUGAGGAAUGGGCUAAUCCUCCAGCACCUAUUUAUCUGGAAUUCUAUGUAUGGAAUCUAGAAAAUCCUGAUGGAGUGGUAAAAGGUGAUAAACCCAAUGUAACACAGAGAGGUCCUUAUGUUUACAGGGAAGAACGUCCCAAGGUGAAUGUGACGGAGCAUGGGAAUGGAACCGUCUCUUAUACAUCCCCUCAAUCCUUCUUCAUAGAUCUGGACCUAUCAGUAGGAGACCCAAUGAAUGAUACAUUUACAACACUCAAUGUUCCUUUAUUGACUGUUGUGAAUGAGUUACAGUUUAUGUCGGCUGUUGAGAGGAUUGCUCUUUACUUCUUGAUUGGAAAGCACCAGAAUGUGUGUGUUACCCAUACUGUUCAUGAAUACAUCUGGGGAUACAAAGAUGAGGUGCUUACCAAGAUCAAGGAAUUCAAACCGGAUCUAGUGCCUACAGACGUCUUUGGAUUUUUUGCUGGGAAAAACAACAGUAAUGAUGGAGUAUAUACAGUCUACACAGGAGAAACUGAUUCUAAAUUAACUAAUACUAUAGACAAUUGGAAGGGUAUGGAGAGUCUUCCUUACUGGACCACACCACAGGCUAACAUGAUCAAUGGCACAGAUGGAACUUACAACCAUCCAUUCAUCACCAAGAAUGAUACUGUUUAUGUAUUUUCUUCUGAUAUUUGUAGAUCCAUCUAUGCUCUCUUUUUGGAAGAAACAAAUACGAGGGGUGUGCCUACUUAUCGGUUUGCUCCACCCUCAUACCUGUUUGCUAAUUACACAAUCUACCCCCCUAAUAUUGGUUUCUGCACCCCUGAUGUGGCACAUUGUUACCCUGGAGGGCUCCUCAAUGUUAGCCUUUGUCAGUUUGGUGCACCAAUCUUCAUGUCAUCUCCACACUUCCUCUAUGCUGACCAGUCCGUUAUGGACAUGGUCAUUGGUGUUCACCCAGUAGAAGAGCUUCAUCGGACAUUCUUUGAUCUAGAACCAUAUACUGGUGGCCCAUUGAAUGUAUCCAAGAAGUUACAGAUCAAUGCGCAUUUAAAAAGUUAUGACUUCUACUUGGAAGAUUGGUACAAGCAUGUUUCAGAAGCAUACGUUCCUUUAGUAUGGAUUAAUGAACAUGGGGCAGUCACACAAGAGUCUGCUGAUGAUCUUAAGAAACAGCUAUACCUACCAUUGAAGAUAGGAACCUAUGGUACAUGGGCAGUCUUAGGGUUUGGUUGUCUGCUGGCUGUCCUAUCUCUAACAUGUAUAUCAGUUAUGGUCUGUAAAGCGAAGAGAUCAUCAAGGCCUCUGGAUUACUCUGUUAAUAGUGAUGAAAAUGCUCCACUUAUUAAUGGUAGUACUAGAUCAGAGAAUGUGCCAUCAUGAUGUGAAAGUAUAAGAGAAUGGACUAUGGAAAGCUUUUGGUUUUAACAACAGAGCUUCAUACAGUGCAGUAGAUGAAGUGUACUUUCCUUAAAACUUGGAGAGCAACUGUGAUAAUGAGAUCUAGAGGUAUGUGGGAUGCUGUUGAAUUGGAUUGAAUUUCCAAAUCUUCAUGUAAACAUAUCCAAAGCACAAUUGUACAAAGAAUAUUUCAAGAUAACAUAUACAAACAUUUUGUCUGUGUACGUUUUUUUUUUAAAUCUCCUUGUAGUCAAUUGAGCAAUUAGGUAUAAAUACUUGAUAAAAUACUUUAUGUCCUUCAGAAUCAAAUGUCUUCCUUUCAAAAUGGUUUUACUUAUGGUAAACAAUUUUUUUUCUUUUUAUUUUAACAACAUUCCAUGUUGCUCAGGUAUGGUGAACAAUGUAGUUCUGUAGUGUAGAUUGAAGAAAAUGUACAUUGCAGCCGCUGGAGAAAGAUCAUUGUAAGCACAAAUAAGCUCAAUCCCAGACCCAAUAUACAUGAUGACAUCACAAAAAAUUUGAUCUGUUUAUAGCUUAAGUUAAUUGAAUUUAGCGAUGCUACCUUCUUCAUGAGGUGAUAACCAUUGACCUGUUAUACUUGUAAUGUCAUUCAGAUACAUGUAUGUUUAGUUUCUGAGUGUGAAUCAAGUCAUGAUUGAAACUCACUAUACUUGUAAUGUCAUUCAUAUACAUGUAUGUUUAGUUUCUGAGUGUGAACUAACCCAUGAUUGAAACGCACAACUCAAAUUAUAAGUGUAAUUGAGUGUUGCACUGCCAUAUAGUGAAGUACUUUUCAAGUACUUCUUGUAUGCAAAUAUUUGCCUUUCAGGUGAAAAGAGGAGCAUGUGAUUUUCAUGUCUUUCAACAAUUCAAGUUAUCUAUCUAUACCUGUAUUUUAUUUAACAAAAUACUUGUAUCUUAUUAAACAAUGUGAAGCAUUAGGAAUGAAUAUAUGAUAUAAAAUGACUUAUGCAACAAAUUUUUUGGCAUUAAUAGUAUAAAUGGCAUUUUUGUUUGUUGAAAGAUUUUUAUAUGGAUAUACAUAUAAUUAUACAUAAAUCUGGAGAUGUUAAGGAUUCUUACUGGUAAAUUACUGUAUGAAGUUGUGAGCAGAUACAUGUAUAUAUUUUAGUGAACAAAUGCAUUGCAUGAUUUGGUUUUAGAUUCAGAUGUAAACAGCCUGCCAAUGGUGCAUGACAUUCAUUGGUUUACUUCAUAUGCAUCCGUUUUAAAUAUCAUGCAUAAGCUGCCCACCAAUUGUUACACCAUAUGUAUCAGUUUCAAUUUUCGAAUGUAAACUGCCUGCCAGUGGUUACUUCAUAUACAUAAGUUUUAAAUUUCAUAUAUAAACUGCCCACCAAUGGUUGCACCAUAUGCAUCGGUUUUAUAGUUCAUAUGUAAAACUGCCCAUCAAUGGAUGCAUAGCAUCUGAUUUAAAUUUCAGAUGUAAACUAGACCCUACUUGCUGAUUGUUGCACCACACAAAUCAGAAUCUUAAUUUCAGAUGUGUUGUAAAUGUGCAUUAUAUAUUGUUAAAGUUAAAUUUCACAAACUCAGAAUAGACAUAAUGCUAAUAUAUAAAUUUGCUAUGGCUGAAUUUUAUCCGGAUUGGUGACAAAUGUUUGUGCUGUUAUUAGAUAUGUAGAUUAUGAUUAUUAUCAUAAUAGCCUUUGAACUUUGAUCAGUGUGAACCACUUUAAAAGGGAUAACAAUUUUUGUGUUCGAUGUAAAUAUCAUGUGCCGAAUUACAUGUAUGGUGAAAAGUCAGAAAAGUUCAUCAAUACAAUUUUCAUUGUUUAAUGUUUUGUGUACAAAGAUAAUCAUAAAUUAAUAGGCAAGCUUUACACUGCAUUAAUAAUGACUUAUAUUUUGACGGGUUUAAAUUCUGUGCUAUUUACAUGUAUUGUCUUUUUGUAUAUCUGUCAAAUCAUAAAAAUGGUUCUCUUUGUGUGUAAUGUUGUGAUUUUGUUCUAAGAGAAAUAGUGCAUCAGGCUUUGGUUUUUGAUAUGCAUGGGGCAUUGAUAUUCUAAAAGCUAAUUAAUACUGUAGAAGCUGUUAUUUUCGCAGGGGGUUUAUUUUCCCGUAUUUCCAUGUUGCCGAUCGGCCAUGAAUUUAACAACACAAAAAUAUUGACAGUUAUUAGUCAGUGCCAAUAUCCUCAAUAGCAAAGCGUUGCUAUCGUAAAACUUCUUUGUAGUGAUAAAAAAAGUUAUAUGCACCUCUAUAUGUACUUGAAAAGAUAAGGUUUAGAAAGUACAGUUAGUGAUUCAAAAACUUAGCUAGAAUUUCCCAAACAAAAUCAAAGCCUAAACUAUUUUCUCACAUAACUCUAUCGAUAUUUAUUCACUCACUGUAAUAUAAAAAAAUGUAUUUUUGAUGAGAUAAUUUAAUUUUAUUGUCCUCUGAUUCACUAUAUACACACGUAUAUAGGCAGCUAUUUGCAUACUCAUUAAUAUUCAGAAGUCACAUGACCAGAGCUUUUAGAGGUGUAAGAUUCUGUUCACAAAAUUCAACAUUUUUACACUGAAACCAACUUUUGAAAAAGUGAAUCUAAUAAAACACAACUUCCAAAGAUUACUCUUACAGAUCAAACUGUGACAUGAUGAAUUUUUAGAUCUAAAGGUACAAAAAAAUGAAAUUUAAGCCACCUUUUUCCACAAUUUGGAACCGCUUUUAGAUGGACAUGUACAAACGUCACAUCAGCAUGGAGACUUUGAGAUGCAUACUUUUGCACAUGAUUUGCACUGUCUAGUUUUGCAUUUUUUGAAAUGUAGUGGAAGUGUUUUGUACAUUUUCCAAUCGCGAGUUUAACAACCUGCGAAAAUGUCACGAACCGCGAUUCGCGAAAAUUUCUGUACACGAAAAUAACAGCUUGUACAGUAAUCAAUGAUCGAGUUGGUAAUAUACCAAUAUGUUGUGCCUGUGAGUGAAUCAGUACUAAAGAAAUAAUAUUUCUAGAAAUGAAUAUUCUCUUGCUACGAUGUAAAUAAUUUGAUCAAUUUUAUACAAUUUCGGGUGAUGAGAUUCAGGGUUUUCUUUUUCUUUAUGAUAGUGUAUACUGUCACAGGUGUUAAACCAAAGAUUUCUAAAUCGCCAUUUUCAAAUUCUGAAUAAAGACCACAUCCAUUGCUAUCAUCUGAUGUGACUUUAUUGUAUAAUCUUUGUAUUAAGAAACUUAAAACUUAUAAGAUGAUUUAUAAUUUUGUUGGAUCUAUGUGCAUUAUUUGGUUAAAUUUGGCAACAGUCACAUUAACAGAGUUAAUAAUUAUACAUAACAAAUUUCUUUGUGUAAUAUUCAUGAAGGAUGCUCAAGAAUAUCAUCACGCAUAAUAAUUCUAUUGACACUGACAGUAUUUUUGUGUUUGUUUAUGUUAAAGGACCAGAAAGGAUAUCAGUGUUUGAAAUGAGAACUAUAUGUUUUGAAGUGUGCAUGUAUCAUGAUGUAACCAAGGAGCUACCUAGUUCUAGAUUAUUAAUAUUAUGCAUGUCAUGUAUCAUUCUUUUAUUGUUAUCAACUUGAUAAAUCAAUAAUUCUGCCUAAAAACCGAAAUAUUGAUAUGAGAUAUUGUAAAUAAGUAAUCACAGUCAAAAGUUACAGAUUGUUUAUAAGCAUUAUGUAUUAAAAAGAAUAAAAACAAUUCUUUUUUUUUUUAGAAAGAUAUACCCACCUGAGAUAUGAAAUUGAUCUGCAAACUUAUCCUUACCGGUAACAACUAUCGUUUAUUUUGGCUGGUAAGCAAUAUUUCCGUGUUCGCAGUGAGGACCUGGACUGUCGGUUAAGACUCUGUAUAUUGUUUGAUUUGGGGUAAAAAAUAUAGCCUGUCUUCACAUUACAUGUGAUAUUGAAUAUUAAAUAUUUGUGCCUAAUACUUUAGAAUCAUCUUGCCAAUUUCAAAAUCCAGUAAACAAUCAUAUGAUGGUAAACAUAUAUGAUGAAUAAUUCAUUGUGUGUUUAAUCCUGAAGAUUGUAGAAAAUAUGGUCCAUUUCAGAUUCAUUUUUUAUCUAUUGCUGUUAAAUAUGUGCAUACAAAUAUUAGAUAUUGCAUAUUAUUUUCAUCAUUUGGCCAUAAAAACAUACAAAUUGUACAGUGUAAAGACAAAAAUACAACUUGAAAGUGAAUAAUUAGUAAAAA